UGGUGUGACAGGCAAGCUUAAAUACCAGCCCAGGAGGAAGCUGAGCUGGUCUGUAAUAGGGCAGCCGCGGCAGCCGCAGCACCGAGGUCGUCAGGCGGAGUUGAUGGAGGAACAGGAUGGGGGAACCCCAUGAACACACAGGUGUUUCUGAGGAAUAAUUAGAUAGCUGUGAAGGAGAAAAUACACCUCUGAGUUUUUACCUGUGAACACAGUAGUACUGAGAGAGACAAUCUGAAAGCAAAAAGGAGAUUGGUCAGUCACACCAAGAGACACCCAAGUUGAAAGUUUGAGGUUUUUCUUUUCCUUUUUUUUUUUUUUUUCCUCCGUUCAUUUCCACCCCCUCCGUGUGUCACUGCAAUGGUCAGGAAGCCUGUUGUGUCCACCAUCUCCAAUGGAGGGUACCUGCAGGGGAAUGUUAAUGGGAGGCCGCCCUCCCUGGGCAGCAAGGAGCCCCCCAGACAGGAGAAAGUGGUGCUGAAGAAGAAAAUCACGUUGCUCAGGGGCAUCUCCAUCAUCAUUGGCACCAUCAUUGGAGCCGGAAUCUUCAUCUCUCCCAAGGGCGUGCUACAGAACACGGGCAGCGUGGGCAUGUCCUUGAUUAUCUGGACAGUCUGUGGGGUCCUGUCACUGUUUGGAGCCUUGUCCUAUGCUGAAUUGGGAACAAGUAUAAAAAAAUCUGGUGGUCAUUACACAUAUAUUCUAGAAGUCUUUGGCCCAUUACCAGCUUUUGUACGAGUCUGGGUGGAACUGCUCAUAAUACGCCCUGCAGCCACUGCUGUGAUAUCUCUGGCAUUUGGACGCUACAUCCUGGAACCGUUUUUUAUUCAAUGUGAAAUUCCUGAAUUUGCAAUCAAACUCAUUACAGCUGUGGGCAUAACUGUAGUGAUGGUUCUAAAUAGCAUGAGUGUCAGCUGGAGUGCCCGCAUCCAGAUUUUUCUAACCUUUUGCAAGCUCACAGCAAUUCUGAUAAUUAUAGUCCCUGGAGUUAUGCAGCUAAUUAAAGGGCAAACACAACACUUUAAAGAUGCCUUUUCAGGAAGAGAUGCAAGUAUUAUGGGAUUGCCACUGGCUUUUUAUUACGGAAUGUAUGCAUAUGCUGGCUGGUUUUAUCUCAACUUUGUUACCGAAGAAGUAGAAAAUCCUGAAAAAACCAUCCCCCUCGCCAUAUGCAUUUCCAUGGCCAUCGUCACCAUCGGCUACGUGCUCACCAAUGUGGCCUACUUUACGACCAUUAGUGGUGAGGAGCUCUUGCUUUCAGAUGCAGUGGCAGUGACCUUUUCUGAGCGGCUACUGGGAAAUUUCUCAUUAGCAGUUCCGAUCUUUGUUGCCCUCUCCUGUUUUGGCUCCAUGAAUGGUGGUGUAUUUGCUGUCUCCAGGUUAUUCUAUGUUGCGUCUCGAGAGGGUCACCUUCCAGAGAUCCUCUCCAUGAUUCACGUCCGCAAGCACACUCCCCUGCCAGCUGUUAUUGUUUUGCACCCUCUGACGAUGAUAAUGCUCUUCUCCGGGGACCUGUACAGUCUUUUGAAUUUCCUCAGUUUUGCCAGGUGGCUUUUUAUUGGGCUAGCAGUCGCCGGGCUGAUUUAUCUUCGAUACAAACGCCCAGAUAUGCAUCGUCCUUUCAAGGUGCCGCUGUUUAUCCCAGCGUUGUUCUCCUUCACGUGUCUCUUCAUGGUCGCCCUUUCCCUGUAUUCGGACCCAUUUAGUACGGGGAUUGGCUUCGUCAUCACGCUGACUGGGGUCCCUGCAUACUAUCUGUUUAUUAUAUGGGACGAGAAACCCAAGUGGUUCAGACGAAUGUCAGGCAGAAUAACCAGAACAUUACAAAUAAUACUGGAAGUUGUACCAGAAGAAGAUUAUCAUAAAUUAUGAAUUAAUGCAUUUGAAAUCUUGGAAAUCUAUCCUUAGCUCAAAGGGCUGAAACAAAAUAUGGAUGUUCACUUCAUUUUAUGAAAAUCCAGAGGAUUUCAACUUUGGUGAUGGACUUAAAGGAAUCCGUUAUUUCUAUUCAGAUCUUUUAGAGUAUUCAAACUGGUUUCUAAGAAAUUUAGUUAUAACUCCAUGUAGUUACAGAAAGCUAAUAUGCAACUAUAUCAUGAGUUCACAUGAUUGUUGAGUCCCAGAUAUCUACCAGUUGAGUUUAGGGAAAAAGACUAUGGAAUGGACAAUUACUUCAGUGGUCUUUCUCUAUAAACAUAGCUAAUCAUGGCUAAGAACCUUCAAAUUGAAGACUGAGAUGUUUUCUGUAUAUAUGGGUUUUGUAAAAACAAUUUUCAUGUGAUAUAGAUGACCAUACUGUGAAACGUGUUUCCUAUUCUUCUGGAGAAAGAAAAAAAAAAGACAUACAUCAUCAUUAUGGACAGAGGAAAGGACAUUUAUUUUACAUUGGCAUUGCAUCCCCUUAGAUACCAACUAGAUACCACUCAUCGUUUAAUGGAUGAUACUCAGAGCAUUUUGAACAAAGGACAGAGGGAAUAUUCCCAAUUUUAAUGAAUGCAUUAAAGAAAAGGUUCUAGGGGUUAUUGUUGAUGAGACAAAUUAAGGAAUUUAUGUUUAAGUAAAAAUCCUUGUGAACUUAUGAUGUUAGGAUUUUUUUCAUUCAUCAUCAGGAAGUUACAUGGUUAUGCACCAUUGUGCUUUCACAGCAGCCCAUUGGAUCAGGAAGGGAUGUAACACCUUUCUUACAGCAAAGCAAUAGUCAGUUUGGUAUUAAAUCCUCCUAAGCACAAUCACCUGUUUCAUGAACAAUUUACCAUUGAUAAAUAUAUCUAAAUACGUGCAUUUUCAAAUCUUCAAAUUACAAUAUCAACGUAAGGCAGAAAACACCAAAAAAGAAAAUGCCUGAAACAUUCUGCAACCCUAUAAUCACAUCUAUAUGCAAUGUUAGUAAUUCCGAACAAGUUUUUUAUUUCAUAGCUAUUUUUACAUGGUGAUGGAUUUUGACAGGUUGUACAUUUUUUUUAUACAUUUUAUAUUCUGUUAAAAUAUCUCUUCGGAUAAAGCUGUCCAGAUCAAUUAGGAAAAGGCAUGUAUUUACAUAAAAAUUGAGGAAGAAAUGUCACUGCUAAGUAAGAUUUACAACUGAUGUUUCUAAAAAUUUUCCACUUUUAUAUCUAGGCUUUGUCAGUAAUUUCCUCACCUUAAUUAUCAUUUCACUUGCAAAAGAGAUAACUGAUAACAGAGUCACUGAAAGUAAAAGAAACUGUGCAUGAAUGUGUGUAUCCAGACAUAUCCAGUAUGUCUUUUAUACUAGGUUUGGAUACUGUGGAAUUUUCAAAUGAUAGUAAUAUCAUGACGCCAUUUGUUAACUGUUGUUUACAUACAUCUAAGAUUGAAUAGUCAUAGCCAGAGUAUGUUCCAUUCUUUAAAUUUUUUUGUCCAUUUGAAAAUAAGAAUUUAUGAAAGAAUUACACUGAUUAAAAUCAUUAAGAGAUGUAGAGUUCAUAGACAAUUGACCAAAGUAGUAAUGAUAAUUUAUAAUUUCAGUCAAUACUAAUUCAUUAAUUUCAGUUUUUGCUCUUGAUAACAUUUAAUAUAUAUCCAAGGUUGACAUUCUGUCAGCCAAACCUAGUGUUUAGGUCUCUAAGUGAAUUCAUAAAAGUCCUCCCAUUUUCUCUUACAGUUGGGGCUUAAAAUUUUAUCUGUAGUCUCUAUUUCCUAUGUCCACUUAUCCACAUCUCUGCCCACUAUAUUGUUUCUGGAGGUAAAAAUAGAUUUCCUUUAUAUUCCUAUUUUUAACAGUCUAGGCCCAUAUAAUCUAAACCUGAAAACUCUUCUUGAUUUUUUUUGUGUAAUGAAAAAAAAAAAGGUAAAGUCUCAUGGAGAGGUUUGUGUGGUUCUUGAAUAUUCCUGAGGUUAAUGUGCUUAUAUCAACAGUGGCAGAGAGAUCUCCUCCUUUUAUUUGCUUAUUUUUGGAUCUAAUUCCUCUUUGAAUAUAUCAUUGUACAAGCUAACUAAAAUGCAUAGUCAUUUUUGUUUCCAUCAUUAUGAACAAUUGUUUUUCAUUGUUAACCUUCUAGUCCCAUUGUCAUACCAUGUUAACUAAUUUUUAACAGUUAGUAAUUUUUAAAGAAGGUGAUGGAAAUUAAGUUGUACUUCAACUUAUUUUGAAGAUACACCAUGACAAGACACAGGGUUUCUGUAAUCAGGGAAUCGACAUUCACAAUGGUUAUUCAGAAUGGGAUCAUGUCCUAGAAAAGAUGGCAGACUCCAGUACCAAACACUAAUGUUAGGUGUGUGCAUGCACCGCUGUGCAUAAUGUGCUUGUCCUGUAUCUCCCCCACCCCCGCUGGCACAAAAUUAGAACAGAUUAAAAGGUUAUAUUAGAAAUGCAUGACAGCUUAACACUAAAAUCUAUAUGUUGAAACCAAUUUCCAGAUUGUCUUUGUGUGCCUGGUAAAAUAGUUUCCCCAAUUGCCAUUUGAUGUAUCCACAGAUGGUUAACAUGAGUGUAGUUACAUCCCCUCAACAGAAUUCUUCAUGAGCUGUAAUCAGUCUUCAGGAAACUCAUUAUUUUAUCUCUAUUUGCAGACGAAUAUAAUGCGAAGAAAGGGAGAGUCUUUGACCUAUAGUUGAUUUCUUAUAAUUGAAGUAAAGGUUAUGAAAAGAUAGAAAACUAAAGGUCAGAGUAGCAGGAAACGAAAGUAGUAUGUGAUUGGAGGUAACAGUAUUUUGGCAUAAUUUAUUAUGCAGUAUAGUCAGAGAAAUAUUAAAAACUACCUGUCUGCUGUGCAUAGGUGGAUAUUCCUGAGAAGCUAAUGAAACACAAGCUUCAGCGGCUCUCACUUAGACAUGCCCCUGCCAAGGUCCUGUACCUAAUUUUGCACUAGGAAUUUUGUACUAAUUUUUUUGAAAAAGAUCUGCAACAUUGUAUAUACUUCUGGCCCUACAAAAUCUGCAUUUAUCUUUGUAAGUAAAGUCAAAUACUCUCAUUACUAUUUCUAUUAGAAAUAAGCGUGGGUAUUUUUUUUAAGGAUAAAUUUUUAAGAAUUUUAUUAAAAUAUAGUUAACAUGCAAUGUUAUAUUAAUUUCAGGUAUACACAAUAGUUAUUCAACAUUUAUAGACCUAAAGAAGUGAUCACCAUGAUAUGUCCAGCAACCUGUAGGAUAUAUUUUUACGUAAAGCUGUGAGUUAGUUGAAGUAUCUAUCUCUAUAUAAGUGGCUUUCUCAUAAUAUAUAUUAUGUGAUAUAUAAGGAGAGAGUUUCACCUUUGAGAUAUUUAAUGUGUCAGUUCUGAAUGAUAGAAAAACAAUGAGUGGGAUUUCUGUUGUAGCUCUUUUUCUUAGUUUGGAAAGAAAUAGAGAGAGAUUUGGGAUUUGAAUGCUGAUGAGUCAAGAAAUUUACUUUUUCUUAAAUAUAAUCUUGCUUCGUUUUACCUAGAUGAUAUGCUGUAUGUUGGUGCUGGUAAUGUUUACAGAGUUACAUUUGACCUCCUAACCAAAGUUAGGAAUGAAAGCAUGUCAUUGUGUGACUGGCAACAAGCUCAUGGUGGAUAUAAAUUAGAGUAGAUAAUGAGUCAUCUUGACAGCCUCCAUUUUCAAUAUUUAUAGGUAAAAGAAUUAUUACCUAUAAAUAUUUUUAGGAUAAUUUUCCCAUAAACAGUAUUUUUUAAUCUUUCCCAAUAUAUAUAUAUAAUAUCUAAAAAUGUAACCUCUGGGUAGUAUUCAUUAUGUAUUUAAAAAGCAAAUUUUUGGAGAUAAUCCUUCUUUUUUAUUGCAUUUUCAAAUCAGUUGGCAUCAGAAAGUCAAUGCUUGGUCUAUUUUUAGAUUUGGUAUAAAUUCACAAAGGCAUAAAUCAUGCCCUCACAGAAAAUUCACCAGUUUUCCAUAUGUUGUGAGAUACUUGUCCUUCUUUACAACCUCGUAAGGAUAUUAACUUGAUCUUUUUGAGCCAUUUCUCUGUUUUCUUGAAUGAAUCAGUGAUUCCCUUUGUGUUAUUUUUUUGGCGUGAUAUCCUCAAGAUAGGAGUAAGUCUUAAUUUGGAUUUACACAACUACUGAUACUCUUAGUACAAAAUUAACCACUUAGGUUUACUUCACUGGUUGUCCCUGCCCCCCUCCCUUCUUCAUUACCGUUGGCUUUAAAAUAUCACUGGAGGAUGGUUACAGUCCCCAAAUAGUUGUUUGUUACAUGUGUGUGUUUCAGCUACGUGGAUGGAGGGUCAUUUAUCGUAUCAAUAGCUGCCUUAACCACUUUAUAGAUAUCAAUUCUCACAAGAAACUGUGGAGCGCUAGGCAUCUGAUCGCCCUGCAGAUGGACCCACUUGGAAGUGAACAUACUUUUUUUUUCCCCUCAACAUAUACACUACUGAUUUUUUUUUAAGUAUGAUUUUCAAGUGAAUUAAUUUAUUGGUUAGAAGACUUGCUUGCCAAGUCCUUGUUAGCUCUUGCUGAAGCCUCUAAAGGCCAUGCUGAAAGCUAGAGAAAAAAAACGACUAAUGCAUAGUUAUCUCUUAUGCAGCAGUGACUGUAUUUUGAGCACCGUGUGCCACAGGGUAUUUUGCACAGCGUCUGGUGGGAAACCACAUCCGGCCGCUGUGUGUUACAGCUGUAACGGCUAGUUUAGGAGUGGUCUGACUUCAAUGAGGAUUGUGAGAUUAGACCUCCCUUACUCCUGCUAAAUUUUUGGCGCACACCCAGAAGCAGAUUUGUCUUGCACUGGGAGGCAAUGCAACAUGUUCCCUGGUUCUCGGAUUGAACUAAUUUCAAAGGGUUUCUGAGUUCUUCUUCCCCUGCAUUUUUCCUUCAUUCCACAUUUCUGUGUACUGACUAAUGUAAUAUAAAGAAUAGUUUAUAAAAAGUAGAGAAAUUGUUUGGAGAGAUAAAACACAGAUUGUUUCAAAUGAAUGAAUGUAUGCUUAUAAGAGAAUAGGAAUGAUCUACAUUCAACUACUGUGUAUACUCAUAAUUUUAAGCACUACCACAGUACUUCUAGUUGUUCUAGAAGCAAAAAAAAAAAAA